AGCUGCGGGCUGGCGGCCUAGCUGCCGGCGGCGGAGCUGCGGGCGCGUCCCGAGGGCCUCGGGAGAACGUCCGGGACCCCUGUGGCUGGAAGGGCUGUUCCCCGCCUGGGCCGCGCGUCUCCUCCGGCCGAGACCGAGACCAGCCCCGGCUAUGUCGGCCUACCCCAAAAGCUACAACCCAUUCGACGACGACGCGGAGGAUGAGGACAGCCCGGCCCCGUGGAAGGACGCCCGCGCCGGCCCCGACGGGCCCGCGGACGGGCAGCAGGCCCUGCGGCAGGAGGUGAUACGCAGAGCGGAGGCCACGGCCGCCAGCACCAACAGGUCCCUGUCCCUCAUGUACGAGUCCGAGAAGGUCGGAGUCGCCUCCUCCGAGGAGCUCAUCCGGCAGCGUGGAGUCUUAGAACGCACAGAGAAGAUGGUUGACAAGAUGGAUCAGGAUUUGAAGAUCAGCCAGAGGCAUAUUAACAGCAUUAAGAGUAUGUUUGGGGGGCUUGUCAACUACUUCAAACCCAAACCGGCAGAAAUCUCACCCGAACAGAAUAGCACCCUCACCCCACAGCCCAGCAGCAGAUUGAAAGAAGCCAUAAGUAUGAGUAAAGAGCAGGAGGCGCAGUACCAGGCCAGCCACCCAAACCUCAGGAAGCUGAAUGACUCAGACUCCACUCCUGGUGGGGCCGGCCCCGUUGAGGGUACCGAGGCUUACCCAAAGAACGCCCACCUUCGAGCCUAUCACCAGAAGAUCGACAACAAUCUGGAUGAACUGGCCGUGGGCCUGGGCCGGCUGAAGGACAUAGCCCUGGGGAUGCAGACGGAAAUUGAGGAGCAGGACGACAUUCUUGACCGCCUCACCACCAAAGUGGACAAGUUAGACAUCAAUAUAAAAGGCACAGAAAGAAAAGUUCGACAGCUUUAAAGAGAAUCCCGAGAAGGAUGUCCACUCCUGUGGUGAAAAGAGUCAAAAGAUCUUUUAAAUCCCAAGACAUUUCAUUUGCUUUUAGUAUGUCAUUUAACAUGUUUGCAAAUGUUAUAAUGGAGUGGGUCUUCAGAGAUUUUGUUGAUGGGAAGUGUAUGUCCCACCUUUUUGUUUUGCCAAUACCUCUCACUUCUUUGAACUAAAUGCUUUAGAAUUUCAGUCAGCACGGUAGACUGGCCCUGAAUUGUCCUGGGCCUUUGAUCACUCUACUGGAAUGAGAAGGAAAAGUUGCAUUUCUUACUGAGCAUAUGAAAAGCUGUUGGCAGUUCGGUCUUGGAACUGCCACCUGUGCUUCCCUGAUCGCUGUCUUUCUCAUUCCUAAGCCUUCUCAGGAGUCAGAGUGCUAAGGGAUGGGGUGUGAGCCAGUUGUCUGUGUUUAGCAGUCAACACCCUGACCACCCACCCCGCCCCACCCCCCACACACAGCAUAUUGUGAUUCCCCCAAAACACCACCCCCUGCAAAAAAAAGAAUCAGUGUUAGAUUCAGAAAUGGAUCGUAUCAGCAUUCUUUGCUGUUUGGUUGACAAAUGUCACCUCUCCCCCUCUCUGUCCCUGUCACUCAUUCCAGUAGGAAGGGUUCACACCAGCACUGCUCACUGUGACCCUAGAAAUAUGUAGGGAAUUGGGGGAGCCCAUUUCCCCAUGAGCCCUCUCCUCUGUCUGUGGUUAGUUGCAGAUUCUCCACUGGCCCAAGGCCCUGUUAGUGUUGAUGGGAAGGGAGUGUCACACGUAGGGCAGGCCGGCAGUGCUCUUCCUCCACCCCCCUGGGAGUACCCUGGCCAGGCCUCAGGUGGCAGUGCACGGCCAGUGCCUGGAGUCUCCUGACCAGUCCAGGGUUCCCACCCGCUCUUCUGCACUUCCUGCCAAACACCCUGACUUGUCACUUGGUCCCCUGCCAUCCAAUUUUAGGACUGGAACUCCACAAAUGAUGCUAACUGUGCAUAGAGGAAUUUGGCUUUUUAAAAAAAAGCCUGGAUAUCAUCAUUUUAAUUGGCCCAGCUUGUUUACUUUGACUUUACAAAAAUAAGAUUCACUUAAAAGCAUUAAUUAAAAUUGAUUUCUGUAAUAAAUGAGUUUCUUUGUGUUGGAACCUCCAACAAAAUAAUUGAAUCCACAAGGCCUUUGCCCUUGUCUUUUUAAAAAGCAAAUUAAUGAAAAUGUUUUGAAGAUGGUGAAAA